AUGAUCAAACCCAUUCCCCAGUAUACCAUCCUCCACACCGAAUUUGUGCGGGAGCGAGCCGAACCGGGUAUGCUCGUUCUUGGCUCGGAUUCUCACACCUGUUCGGCAGGUGCCGUCAGUUCACUCGCUAUUGGACUCGGGGCGGCCGAUGUGAUGGCGGCUCUGGCCACCGGUGAGACAUGGAUCAAAACCCCCGAGUCAAUCCGGGUGAAGUUCAGCGGCGAGCCUGCCUGGUACAUCCGGGGCAAAGAUGUGAUCCUCUACAUCCUGAAAAUUAUGAAGCGCAAUACACAUGCUGCUGAUCGAAUUGUAGAGUUCGGGGGACCAGGCACGCGCUACCUCUCCUGCGAUGCCCGGUUCGCAAUCUGUAAUAUGUGCACGGAAUUGGGCGCCAUUACGGGUAUUUUCGUCCCAGACCAGAUCACUAGCCAAUUCAUCUCGGAUCGCCCUCAAAGCCGCUACAAGUCACAAUCUCUGUACUUUCAGCCGGACGCAGAUGCCUCGUACGCCGCUACCUUUCGGAUCAACCUCGAUGAGGUUAAGUCCUUCAUUGCGCUCUAUCCCUCCCCUGAUAACGUAGUGGAGGUGACUGAGAAACUGGACAUGACUUUUGAGGGUUGCUUCAUCGGUGCUUGUACCACCACGGAGGAAGAUCUGAUCUUAGGCGCCUUAGUCCUGGAGGCGGGUCUUCAGAGGGGGCUGCCGCUGGCUGCCGGGAAGCGGAUAGUUGUUCCUGGAAGCUUACCAAUCGUCAAAAAUUUGCGCGACUUGGGUCUGUUGGAUAUCUAUUCCCAGGCCGGGUUUGAACAGCCAGCUGUGAGUUGCAGCAUGUGCCUGGGGAUGGGAGCCGACCGCGCAGGGGCUGGCGAGAAUUGGCUUUCGUCACAGAAUCGCAACUUCAAGAAUCGAAUGGGUCCAGGAUCCAUUGGACAUAUUUGCUCCGCCGCUGUAGUCGCUGCCUCAUCUUUUAGUAUGCAACUAACCGACCCUCGUCAUCUUCUCAGCCAAGUGUCGGUCGAGAGAUAUCACACUUUACUUGCAAGUUGUCGACGAAGGAAGGCCGAGCCGGCUCGGAAGUCCGGAGGUCCUUUCAAAGCGGGUGCCGUACAGAGUGCAGCGUCGGUCCCGUCAGCAAUGCCUCCAGCACCCGAGCCUUACUUGUCCUUUCGCAGCGUUGCAGACUCUGAGACGAAGAAGCCGAGACAGGAGCAGGUGAGUGAGGAAAUCAGUGGUGCCGAAUUUGAGACUAUUUGUAGCAAGGUCUCUGCUUUGGGUGAUUUUGUAGACACAGACGCGAUUAUUCCCGCCGCGUUCAUUAUGGAGAGCCCAACCGACGUCCUGCUUGGCAGUCACUGCCUAGAGUUAACCCACCCCGAGUUUCGCGACCAGAUUCGGGCCGGUUGGGACGUGGUUGUCGCUGGCAAAGCCUUCGGUUGUGGUUCAUCGCGUGAAGAAGCGCCACGUGCUUUGAAAGGUCUCGGCGUGAAAUGUGUGAUUGCACGUUCUUUCUCCUUUAUAUAUGGCCGUAAUCAGCCCACCAUCGGUCUCUUAGGCCUCACCAUCACCGAGGACGACUUCUAUGCAUCGGCCCAAACUGGAGUUGAUAUUGAGAUCAACCUUCCCCGUCGACUGGUCACCGUGGGCGGGCGGUCGUACCCGUUCGUGCUUGAUGAUAUGGAGUUGGCCUUGAUCCAGCAACGGGGACUCGCGGCAGCGUACAAGAAAUUCGGCAAGGCUGUGUUCCUGUCGCUCUGUGGCGAUCAAUUGUCGGAGACGAUGUCGGUAUCAGAGCUGGCCGAGAUGCAUUUAGGGGGCCGUCGGAAGGAUCUGGGAAAUCGGGAGGUGCUCGCGUGGUGA